AUGGAUUCCUCAUCAUUGUCUUCUAUUGAAUCUCUUGUACAUGUAAUCAAGAAAGAUUUGUUCUCAAACCAAGACAAUUUCAACACUUUUUUUACCAAAACAUCUGCCUAUGACAUUGCUUGGUUGGCCAUGAUUCCUUUUAAUAAUCAAGAAAAAGAAGAUAAUGGUCCUAUGUUUGAGAGUUGUCUAAAUUGGAUUCUCAACAACCAAAAUGAGCAAGGGUUUUGGGGUGAAUCAAAUGGUGAAAAUCUUCCCACCAUUAAUACUCUCCCUAUUACUCUUGCAUGCAUGGUAGCACUCAAGAAAUGGAAUGUGGGUGAAAGACACAUAAGAAAAGGCUUGAAAUUUAUUCAUGCAAAUAUGAAUACACUUUUGAAGGAAAAUUCUCAAUGUUUUCCAUGUUGGUUCACAAUUGUUUUCCCUUCAAUUUUUCAACUUGCAAAAGCACAAGGCCUAGAGAUUAUUAUUGUCAAUGGAUCAAACAAAUUGGUAUCUGAUGUCUUCAUGAAGAAGAAAGCACUUCUUGAAAGUGGAAAGCUCAAUGAUAAUAUUGUUAAUGAAGAAGAUGGUUCUUUGUUCCAAUCUCCAUCUUCCAUAGCACAAGCUUUCAUGUCUAGUGGAAAUAAAAAAUGCCUCGAAUACCUCAUGUCAAUUGUUCAAAAGUGUCCCAAUGGAGUGCCUUCAAGAUUUCCAGUGGAUGAAGAGCUAAAAAUGCUUUGCAUGGUUGAUAAUAUACAAAGAAUGGGAUUGGCUAAACAUUUUGAAAAAGAAAUUGAACAAAUUCUUGACCAAGUUUACAAUAAUUAUCAAAUAAAUAAUUCUCAGAAUAAUAAUGAGUAUUUAUUAUCAUCAGAAGAAGAAAAAACAAGUGAUGAUUUAGCAGAGAAAUUAUUAAAGGACUCAUUGGCUUUUAGGCUUCUUAGAUUGCAAGGCUACAAAAUAAAUCAAGGAAGUUUUUGUUGGUUUCUUCAACAACCACAAAUAAGAGACAAGAUAGAAAAGAACAAAAAACAUUUUACAUAUGUGAUGUACAAUGUUUAUAGAGCCACAGAUUUAAUGUUCAAUGGAGAAUCUCAAAUAGAAGAAGCAAGAUCUUUUGCCAGAAAUUUUCUUGUAAAUAAUGAUAAUUUAUCAUUAUUUCCAGCACUUCAAAAAGUGAUUGAGCAUGAGUUGAAUGUACCAUGGUUUGCUCGAUUAGAACAGCUUGAUCACAGAUUAUGGAUUGAAUUAAAUCAAUCUAUCCCUCUCUCUAUUGCAAAAUCUUCAUUUUAUUGGUUGGCUUAUCUGCAAAAUGAAAAGCUAAUGCAAUUAGCUGUGCAAAAUUAUGAAUAUCGACAGUCAAUUUAUAGGAAGGAAUUGGAAGACCUAAAGAGGUGGUCAAAAGAGAAAGGCCUUGUAGAUAUUGGAUUUGGGAGAGAAAAAACUACUUAUUCUUAUUUUGCAAGUGCAGCAAGUAGUAGUAGUUUUCUACCUUAUGAAUCUUUUCUUAGAUUAAUUGUUGCAAAAUGUUCCAUAGUUAUUACUGUUGCUGAUGAUUUUUAUGAUGAAGAAGCCUCUUUAAGUGAACUACAUAUCUUAAGUGAGGCAAUACAAAGGUGGGAUGCAAAGAAUCUUGAUGGACCAAGUAAGAUCAUAUUUGAAGCACUUGAUGAUCUUGUGUGUGAUGUCGCCAAAAUGUAUCAUCUUCAACACAAAAUUGACAUCACCCCACAACUUCGACAUAUGUGGAAGGAGACAUUUGAUGCAUGGAUGAUGGAAAGCUUAUGGAGUAGAACUUCAAAUUUGCCAUCUAGGGAUAAAUAUCUACAAGUUGGCAUGAUUUCAAUUGGUGCACAUAUUUUAGUUCUUCAUGCUGCUUCUCUUGGAUGUUCAAUUUUGCCAAAUCAAAUGUUUGGGCCAAUUAAUGGCCAAUAUGAAAACAUUACAAAGUUGCUCAUGACCACAACUCGUUUGUUGAAUGACAUCCAAAGCUAUCAAAAAGAAAGGGAAGUUGGGAAGAUGAACUACACAUUGCUUCAUUUUAAUGAAAACCCUAGGGGACAAAUUGAAGAUUCAAUUGAUUUUGUGAAAGUGAUUUUGGGAGAUAAAAAGAAAGAAUUUCUUGAAAAUGUUUUAAUGGAUGGAUUCAAUGAUAUGCCAAGAACAAUGAAGCUCCUUCACCUUUCUUGUUUAAAUGUGUUUCACAUGUUCUUCAAUUCUUGCAAUUUAUUUGAUACAAAAUCAGCAAUACUUGAAGACAUAAUGAGAGCUAUUUACAUUCCACUUGGUCAAAAUGAACAAACUCAAAUAAUGCCACUUCAAGAAAAGAAGAAAAAGAAAAAGAUUGAGAUUAUCCAAGUCAAUGCAUGUGUCAAUCAUGAGAAAAACAUGAAACAACAAGUUGGUAUUGGGAUAAGUUUUGUUAAAAGGCAAAAUCCAAAGAAUUAUAAUUCUUUUGGUUGGUCUACAAAAGGGUUUGUUUCACAUAAUCUAAGAUUAUGUUUCAUGUAAUUGUUGAAAAUAUCUAGCUCUAAAAUUGUUGAAAUUGUAUAAUAUGUAAUAUUAUUAUAGUGAAAAAUAAUGAGUAUUCCCAUAGUGAAAGAGUGAUUGCAAAAGUAACUCUUGCAAGGAGGCAAUCACUUUUUUUUAAUAUUGUAAUAAUAU